ACUUCCUGCUCUCGCUCAGUUCCAUCAUCAUCAGUCAGUCAGGCAGCGGGGAGAGCAGAGGAGGGAUGGCGGAGAAGAGCCCUGACCCGAGCGGCUCGAAUGGUCGGAGGUGUCCCGCUCUUUUUCCCGGAGAGAUUAUGCAGCCGUCUGGGAGCGGAUUGUCCAAAUGGGUUCGCCUGAACGUUGGCGGCACGUACUUUCUCACGACGAGACAGACGCUGUGCAGAGACCCGAAAUCCUUCCUGUACCGACUGUGCCAGGCCGACCCCGACCUCGACUCUGACAAGGAUGAAACAGGUGCUUAUUUGAUAGACCGAGAUCCCACUUAUUUUGGUCCAGUGCUCAACUACCUGAGACAUGGGAAGCUGGUGCUGAACAGGGGGUUGGCAGAAGAAGGUGUGCUGGAAGAGGCUGAAUUCUACAAUAUCACGUCAUUGAUUAAACUUGUGAAAGACAAAAUCAGGGAGAAGGAUUGUAAGACGGCUCAGCUCCCUGUGAAGCACGUCUACAGAGUCCUGCAGUGUCAAGAGGAGGAACUGACACAGAUGGUCUCUACCAUGUCAGAUGGCUGGAAGUUUGAACAGUUGGUUAGCAUCGGCUCUUCGUACAACUACGGAAAUGAGGAUCAGGCAGAGUUCCUCUGCGUGGUCUCCAAGGAGCUGCACAAUCAGUCAUAUGGCACAAACAGCGAGCCCAGUGAAAAAGCCAAGAUUCUUCAAGAACAAGGCUCUCGAAUGUGAAACUCUGGUCCUGCAACGUCUGUGCAAAACAGCAUGCACCAUAUCACAUUGAGAGUGAAAGCUGUCAAGCGGCAAGACAACCUAUUUAGAAUGGAUGCUCUAUUCUUUUUUUCGAUUUAAUUGACACUUGUUUGUGCCUGCACAGUAAUACCGGACUGUUGGUGGAUAUAUUUCUGAAUCUUUGUUUAAAAGGUAGGAAUAUGCAUGUCAUUAGUAAGCUGAGCAAAAAGGGCCUCAAUCAUGUCUGGCCCAGUCAUGUUUACUCAGGGUCUCUUAUCGACUUUCACAAAAUAUGUUAAUCAUGUAAUUUGUGGUCCAUUGAGCAAUUUUGUCAAAACUAUAUUUAAAACUGUAUAUUAUGUCAUACACACAGUUCAGAGAUCAUAAAUAAGAGAGUAGAGAAGUAUUGUUUUGAUUUGAGAUUACAUUAUUGAGGUUGCUUAUGUGUAAUGUUGACUGGCGAGGAAUGGUGCAUUUGUAUUGCAAGGAUUUUGUUUUAGCAUGUUUUUUGGAGCAAAUCUGAUUUUAUUUGACUUGCAUAGUAUUAGUUUUUAUACCAGGAGGGUGAAAGAAUAUCCAUAACAGUUUGCCUCAAUGUUACCUCACGUUUUGUGAGGUUAUACUGUUGUUGUCUUGAGUUGGUUAAAAAGAGAACAAACAUUUUUGUCUUCCAUCCCUGGAUUCAUUCCAAAUGGUUUUUGGUUAAACUGGAACUAAUUCUAACGCUAUUUGAGGGGUGAAAAAAACACCCGAGAUUUUUGUGAUAAUUUAAUAAUUUUUACUUGCGAUAGAGAUAUUGAAGUAGAUGUCCUGAUCUAUCUUGGGUUAAUAGAAGAACGAAGACAAGGCCACAAAGUCAUCCAGCCUCAUUUGUUUUGACAAUACAGUUUAGAACGGCACUUUACUUACAUGACAGUGACUGUUAAUAAGUGGUGUUGCAGGGCUUAUUUUGUUCACGCUUUAGUAAAUGACGGAGUAAGAAAAGACACUUCUAUAAGAGAGUGUUGACUAAUUAACAUUUAUAUAGUUUAACACCGCAGUUUAAUACUUUGGUUUAACACUUUUGAAGUUGAAUUUUGAUUCCAAAUAUACAUAAUCCUGUUGUUUAUUUAAAAAAAUACAAUGUUGCCUUUAAUGAACCUACACAAGAUCUGAAUUACUUUUGGAAUUGUGAUCAGGGAAAUAACACAUCACUUUGCUAGGCUACAAGUAUAUCUAUUUAACGUUGCAUAUAGACCUAUAAAGAGCUAAAUAUUCAGUGCAUGUAUUUUUUUUUUUUCUUCUCCUAAUCCUCUCUCACACACAAAGGGCUUUUAAUAGUGGAGUACAAGCUAUAAUUUUUGGCAGAGAUUAAUCCGAUCUCUUAAUAUUGCCGGAUCGAGGUGAAGUUUACAUAGCUGGUGUUUUAUAAACGAUAAUACUACACGUUUACUUACCUUGACUAUGUGACACCACAUUCUAGUGUGGCUUUAAGACCUGUAUGUUUACAUAUCCUCUCAAUUACCUAGUUAGUUACUUUCAAUCUUGUGUCUUCGCAACUAGAGAGGAGGUUUCAUUUAUUGUCAGUGGAGUGUUAAGUUGUUUGCUCACUGAGUCAGUGUCUCGUGGUGAAAUGUGCCUCUCUUAUAGCCACUGAGCCUUCACAGUGCAUGGUGUCUAGACAAACGUCCAUCACUCACUGUUGACAUCCAGGCCGCUGCACGGCAUCAAGGCGAUGCUGGAGGGUGAUGUUAUCACUGUUUAGGGCACUGCAAUGCUGUCCUUUUUUAUUUAUUUUAUUUUUUUUAUCGUCCUGCCUCCCAGAUGUAGGUGGAGGUAGCAACGUGCACUCUGAUGCACCAAUCACACAUUUCAGUUGCCCUUUUACGUAAACUUCUAUAGGGCAUCAGUGAGUUUUACUUAUGGGGCAGGUGUGGGUGUCCAAGGUGAUAUUCUGCCUCAGGUUUUUUUUCUUUCCCUAUUAAAGUGUGCAAUCUUCAAAAUGUAUUUUAAAAAUGGGCAGAAGCAGACUGAUAUGUCUUUUGCUCCACUUUGUCACUGCUGUUCCUAUACUUAUUCCUAUAUAACAUGUUUUUGUAUUUGAAUUUUUUUUUUAUGCUUACAAUUUGUGUAUUCACAUAGUAUAUGUAAUUGCAAGUUAAGACUGGGGAAAAUGUAUAUGAUGGUAAUGCUAAAACCUGUUCAAUCUAAAUGAUAAACACUUUUGAAUUCUGAAAGGGGUUUUUCUUUCAAGACUAAAUACAAUUAAAUAUUCUGACUUCAAUGUAAAAUGGGUUUAAAGGAAUAUUCUGGGUGCAUGCAAAGUCAUGCUCAAUCAACAGCAUUUGAUUACCACAGAAAUGAUUUUGACUCGUACCUCUUUAUUUUUACGUCCAGUAUUGCAACGUUACUACGUUGCCAUGACAACAGUGAAUGACACUGACGUCAUGUAGAACAGAUUUUAUCACACUAAAAUCAUGCCAAAGCAUAUAAUGUUUAAAGGGAUAGUUCACCCCGAAAUGAAAACUCUCAUCAUUUACUCCCCUUCAUGCCAUCCCAGAUGUGUAUGACUGACUUUCUUCUGCAGAACACAAAUUAAGAUUUUUAGAAGAAUAUUUCAGCUCUGUUGGUCCAUACAAUGCAGUUGAAUAAGUACCAGAAAUUUGAAGCCCCACAAAUCACAUAAAGGCAGCAUAAAAGUGUUUAAAUCAAUGUCUUCAGAAGUUAUAUAAUAGGUGUGGGUGAGAAGCAGAUCAAUAUUUAAGUCCAUUUUCUCCUCCCUACUCAGUCAAUCUCCACUUUCACUUUCUCCUUUUGUUUUUGUUGAUUCACAUUCUUCAUGCAUAUCGCUCCCUACUGAGAAGGGAGAAGAAGGUCUAGCAAAAGUGGACUUAUGUGUUUAGCUGCCUUUUAUGUGCUUUUUGGAACAUCAAAAUUUUGGCUCCCAUUAACUUGAAAUAUUUGUAUAAAAAUCAUCUUUUGUGCUGCUUUUUCUGCAGAAGAAAGUCAUACACAUCUGGUAUGCAUGAGGGUAAGUAAACAAUGUGAUAAUUUUUAUUUUAGGGUGAACUAUUCCUUUGAAGUUUUGUGGCCAUACUUCUAAAACAGUGUAUUUUAAUGUUUAUGGAUAACCCCAUUCUCUUCCAUUGUAAGUGCCUCACUGCAACUGUGGUUUCUGCUUUUUUUGUUAAUGAAUGAAAAUUUCAUUAAUGAAUGAGAAUUAUUUUCUGUGGUAAUCAACAUAAUGCUAAAGAUGCUUUUGAAUGAUCUUAACUUGUAUUGAACCUGGAAUAUUUUUUGAAACACAUUCAAUAAAUACAUGUACUAAUCCUUCUUAUGCAGGUAUUUAAAUUGCUGGAUUUAUUUCUAAGGUACUUAAUAAUUUACCAAAGUGUCUUACAGUCUGUUCCCAUAUAAUAAAUGGGCGAACAGGGCAAUAAUUUAAAAAGACUGCUGUAGUGACACAUCUAUCACAGCAGAGGGAGUUUUUAGGUAUUUUAGAGUUAGAACAAAUGAGAUCAUAUUGGAAAUACAUUCACUGAGGGAAACAAUGUGUAUUACGAUGCAGAAUCUACAAACAUGUUGACAAGUUAAAUCUCACCCAUUAAUACUCAGUCAUAACUAAUGCAUCUAUACACCAGAGUAACUAAUGUAUUUCAUUUGAACAGGCAUUAUUAGCUAUCUCUUCAUUAUUAGUUGGAACAAAACCCUUUCCCUAAGUAUUAAACUUCAGUGCCAAACUUGUCCCGCACUGUUUUUGCUGUGGAUAUGAACACUCAAACUGACUUAAAAUUGUAUCUUGUUUCACUUGUAGGAUUUACUAUCCAGACACUUAGUGCAUCUUUUAAAGUAAUACUGUAUAUUUUGAUUCACCAGCUACCUGUUAUCACCUUUGCUCACCAUUACUCAAAGUUCAAAAACAUGUUUGCCUACUUUUAAACCUACUUUAUUUUUAAAUUGUCCUGUCGUAUCUUUAGAUUGCACAAAAACAUUGGAUAUGCAUGAGUGAAUGCAUCAGGGAGCUAUGUGCCUGUGCACUGAUGCAAUUUCCCAUGAUAUUUCAACAAGCUGCAACAUGUUUCUCUGCCUUGUGUACAUCUCUCCAUUUAACGGGUGCGUGCUCUAUUGAGCAGUGUGGGAAUGCCCUGUCCCUCAGAUGAGUUAUUGCACUUUGACUCUUAGCAACAAGCCUGCCAAUCCUGCUGUGCAGCCUGCACAGGCUCAGUUUUCUAUUGGCCAAAAUGUCAGAUCUGAUUGAUUUGUUGGGGAGUGACACAUAUUUGCCCAAAAUGGAGAGCCCUGUUGCAUCUAAGCCUGAUUCUAUGCCAGAUAUUUAGAAAAAACUGUCAAAAUGCCAAAGAAGCUUUCAAAGGAAUUGUUUUUGUCUCACUUGACAGCACAUUCUGACUAUUCAGAUAUAAACAUAUAUAUAUAUAUAUAUAUAUAUAUAUAUAUAUAUAUAUAUAUAUAUAUAUAUAUAUAAUUUGUUAUGAGUAGUGUGUGGACUGUAGUCUUGUCAUUAAGAUCAAAAGGUGAUGAAUAACUUACCUUUUAAAUGUAUCAGACUUUUUGUACUUCCUGAUCUCUGCAACAAAUGACACACCAUGCAGUGCUUUGAGAUUAGGAUCCACUCAGAAUCCACAAAAGUAUCAGAAUCCAAAGGGGAAAAAACAAUAAAGUCUGUGGUUGUAUAUUGAUACAAAUUAACAGUCAU